GUAUGGCCAAGAGCACAGGCCUUCAGUUUAACUAGUAACGUUGUAGCGAUUGGAAGUGCUAAUGAAACCAAGCGGAUGUCUUUGGAAAUAACGCGAUACGGAAACAAGUAGAAAAGAAGAAAAAAAAUUAAAAGAAACGAAAACGGAUUUUUGAAAACAGCAACAACAAUAACACAUAAAAUAUUAGCAAAUGAAAUAUAUGUAGGUUUAUGGUUAAUAUACACACAUAUAUACGAACGUACAUACAUAUGUACAUCUAUUAAAAAAAGAUUUUCAGACGUGAUUAGCUAAGUAAUGAAAAUAGUGGCAGAAGACAUUUGCGGGGGCAAAAACGAGUCAAAAGACAACAGCAACAACAACAACAACGGCAACGUCAAAGUGUUAAUGAAAGUGCAAAAAUAUCAAUAACUCUCCCAUAUCCAGUAUCUGCGAGUGCCGAUGGCAAUGUGUGUUUGUGUGUGGCUAGCUGUGUGAGUGACGUCAUAUCAACGCAAGAACAGUGUCAGCUGCCGCAGUUAUAAUUCUUCGUUUUAUUAACGAGUUUCAGAAGAUCUGCACAAAGAUUUGAACUUAAAUCUGGUUAAAUACCAAGCCAUUAGAUAAGGUGUUAACGGGCGUAAGCUUGUGUGUGUAAGAGUUCUCGCGAAAAUUUUUUGUUGUGGAACACGAAAAUUUGCGACGUCACAGCUAUCAAGGUGAAAUCAAUACAAACUUAUUGCCAGCUACCAAUACGUACGAAAGAUCCACAUCUCAAUAAAAACGCUAAGUGUUUCGUUUGCUUGCUUAAUACCCAUUUUUGUUUGCUUUGCUGUGCUAUGCUGUAUCUAUAAGUACGCGCUUUAGAUUUCAAAACGUAACCAAACCAAAAAAAUUCAUUUUAGAACAAUUUUGAAUUUUGCUUUCUUUUUGUUGUUUUCAAAUCGAAUUUCACACACACACACACACUCUUCCUGGUGUCUGUCUAACGAUUAUACAAUACUCUUUGCAUCCUCCCCUCUCUUUGGCACUUUGAUGGACUCUCACUCUCUUAAAUUGAAAGACAAUUUCCUUGGCCAAACAAAUUUCCGCAAAACAAAAGAAACGGAUACGCGCUAGACAACUGAGAUUUUUGUUCGAGUGUUCCUAGAAUUUUCCACCAAUCGCCCGAAAGAAAGAAGGUGGCCGACAGUGAGAAACGAACAGCGAGCAGCGAAAACGGUCAAUACUAAAGUUUUUUUUUAAACGGCGAAUUUGCUUUUAGCCAUUUGAACGAGGCGAGAUAACGAAAAAUAUCUAAUAGAACAAGAAGAAGAAGAAAAGAACGAACGGGAAAAGAGCGCAGACACUCAAACACACAUUCAAGAAAAUUCUAAUAGAAAUCGAAAUAGAACAGCCAAACAACGAAAAAAUCGUCCCAUUUUCUUUGAACAAACAAUCCAGUGAAACAGUGAUUUUGUUUUUGCAAUUCUUUGCGAUUAAAUGUAAUUAAUCUUUUCAUUGUUCCAGAUAGUGUACGAAAUUGAAAAAAAAAUAAAAAAAAACAAAAACAACAAAAAAGUCAACGAAUUAAAUAGCAAAAAAAGGAAACAAAAAUUAAAUUAUAACAACAGAAUAGAAAAGAAAAUCAUGAAACCCACUGUGAUAGCCAAUGCUAAUGCAUCAGCAUCAGCCGGUCCCGGUGGUGCCAACGGCACCAAUGGCGGCAUAACCAUACCAAUCAAUCACGAAUACCAUGGCCCACCACCAGCAGCAGCAACCCAGUCACAACCCCAACAAUAUCACACACAGGCCCAGCAUUUUGUGGGCGGCGAUCCACAGGCAACGGCAUAUGGAUCACCAAGCAGUCGGCAGCAGCAGCAACAACAGAUUCCAGCACACUUCCAGGACUUUGAUUUCGAUCCCCAUGUCGAUAUGGACAUGUUUCCACGCAGCCGCUUAGGACGCAUGGCCCAUGAUCCAUUCGCUGACUUUGGUGCCUCACGUAAGCGUAGUAGUUUACAUGAUCCCCCCUUUCAUUCUGAUGUUUUUUCUCGUUAUUUUGAUGAUGAUCCAGACUUUGGGUUCCCCCAGUUCAACUCGCUGGGCCGUCGUCGUGUCAACAAUCCACAUCACGACGAAGAUUUCUUCAAUCGUUUGCCCAGUGAAUUCCGUCAGUACAUACCCGAGGGUUUUGGCCAUCGUCGUGCCACCACCGGUGGAAUGGCGCCCAACGUGCAUCCACAACAGAUGCCGCCACAGCCACAGCAGACACAAAUGCCACCAACACCACAGCAGCAGCAAAUGCCACCGCAUUACUAUCAAACCAUGCCAAUGCCGCAGUCACCAUCGAAGACGGUCUGUGAUGCUGCCAUCCAAACUGAAGAUCCAAAUGCCGGACGUUCGGAAGUCGAUCAUGCUGUGAACACCGAAAAUCUCAAUCAGCAUGGUCUGCGCAACACCAUGGACAUGGGUGUUAAGUCAGCUGUUGAAAAUGAGCCGGCUGGUGCCAGGUCACAUUCAGCUCCACCCAAUGAACCACCACAGCAACAACAGCACAUCUAUCAUCCCCAGCAACAGGUGCCGGUGAAUGGACAACGUCAAACACCUCCCAUGCAACAGCCACAACCCCAAAUGAGACAUCCCCAGUUCGGCACACAAACUAGUCCCCCGGUCCAGAAGGCCUACUAUGCUCCACAGGCCCAGGCACAUCCCCAGCAAAAGCAACAGACACCACCACCACAGACUCCCGGUGGCACAUACAUACGUACCAUACCGAUAUUCGUUGAGGGUCGUUCCGAGCCCAUUAUCAACAACAGAGACAUACCCAAUCAGAAUGCCACACCCAGCUCUGGCUCUGCCUCGGCCCGGGCCUUUACACCACCCAAACAACAAUAUCAGCCACAGUCACCUUUCCAAUUCCCACAACCUCAACAGGGUCAGACACAGCCCCAGGGUGGCCAGCAGCAACAACCACAACAGCGUCCCACACCCAUCAAUACUCAACAGCAGCCCCAACAGCAGCAGCAAAACACAGGUCUGCCACCUCAAACUCCCCACACCGUGGACUCCAUCAACAAAAUCCAAGAUAUACAACGUGAUGUCCUGGAACUGAUGACACGCGUGGAGAAAUUCACUGGCACCCGCAGUGACAAGGAAUAUGCCUAUCUGGAUGAAAUGUUGACGAGAAAUCUCCUGAAGUUGGACAACAUUGACACCAAUGGCAAGGAGAGCAUUCGUUUGGCCCGCAAGGAAGCCAUCAAAUGCAUACAGGCCUCCAUCAAUGUAUUGGAGGCCAAGGCCGAGGAAAACACCAAGGCAGCUGAGCAGCAGAAUGGCUCGGACAGCACACCACAGAAAAGCUCCUCGGGCAACAAAGUAACCAAAGACUCUUCACAAAGCAAGUUGGAACAGGCCGACGAACCCGUCGAUGCAAACAAAAUACAAGAACCCAUACCACUGCCACCACCCGAGGGCAUGGUGAGCGAAAGCAAAACCGAAACACCUGCAGAAGCCAAUGUCACAAAACCCGAGGAGGAGGAGAGUAAAACGGCCUCAGCGUCAGCUGAAACAGCCACGGCAGAAACAAAAGAGGAGACUGCGGAAAAAGCCAGUGAGGCUGCCGCACCAGCCACUGCUGCUGCUGCUGAAACCAAAUGAUGAUUGGAGAGGAAACUAUUAGCCCAGAAAACCACAACCAGCAACAGUCGGAGCAGAAGUAGUAGCAGCAGCUCCUACAGGAAGGCAACUAUUAAACAAACCACAAUUUCCAAGCAAUCUCAACUCAAGUAAUGAAAGAGGACGUCCCAGGAGAGCAGAAUGAUUGGAUUGGUUUUGGAAUGACAAAGCGCAGUGGCAUAACUUUGCAGAAUUGAAGUUGAUUUUCCUUGGCAAAAAUAAAAACAAAAGAAAAAAAAUUAAAUAAAUUAUGGCGUCCAACAAAACGAAAUUAACGUAAAUUAAGCAACACAACAACAACAACAACAACACUAUAUUAAUUAACUAUUUAUUACAAAUUUAUAAUAAUAAUAACAACAACAGCAGCAAUAAGCAUAGCGUCCCGCUUACUUACAUCCUCCCCUCCCAGGAAAGAUAACCCUAGCUGUAGUCUGAGAAAACAAAAAGCAUUGGCUUGAAAGUUCUAAAUUUAGAAAACCAUGUAACAUGAUUGGUUUUGCUGUUCUGUUUUUGUAUUCCUAGACAAAAAUGCGGAAUUUUAAAGUGCUUUAUCAUGAAGAAGUAAAAAAGAAAACAAAAAAUAGAAUCAAAAUUUAGCAAUAAAGUGCCUAUAACUCUUAUGAUCUUUUUUCUAUAUACAUACAUACAAACAUACAUAAAUAUAUACUUAGACGAUUUUUAUAGAGAAAGAAAGUCGGUGUUUCUUUCUGAUUAUUGUAGUUGUAAGGCUUUGAUUAUUAAACAUUUCUUUAAAAUAAUGCAAAUUUUCUGUUUCUCGAGCUUUUUUUCUGUUUCCGUUGCAAAUUGAACCAAGCAAUGAGCUUUGCCUCCCAAAGGGAUCUUUGCAGCCAUUGAAUUACUUAAGGGUCCAAAGAUCCCAGGCGAGGCCAAGGCAUUGCAUCUGCUCUGAUCUUUUACCUCCACUAAACUAUUUACAAAUUAAUUGUUUCUAAUGCUACUUCCAUUUCGAUUUCAAUCAAUUACUUGUUGUCCACUGUCUUUUUUUGCGUUUCUUAUUUUAAUGCCAUUUUAUAUUUAUUUUUAUUUGAUAACAAAACGAACGCAAUCGAUGAUCUAGGAAUUGAUUAAAUUUCCUCUUCUGUUUCUUCUUUUUUGUUUUGUAUUUGUAAUGUAGUAGUCGUUUUUUUUUUCUUUUUUUUUUUUGAUUUUAAGCGAUUCGAUUUGUCACGUAUUGCAUACGAUGAUAAUGUUAUUUAUAGAAUUAAAAUAAAAGAAAAAAACAUUUGAAAAUCAUCUAAAUAUAAAUAAAAUAAAUUUAGAUUUAGAAAUAAAUACAAAAAAAAUCACUAAAAAUACAAUGUGUAUGACAAAAGAAAAAACCCCGGCAAUAAAAAACGGAAAUAUUAUUUGUUAAAAAUUAUAAACAAUAAAAAAAUACUACAAAAAAUAA